AUGACAAAAUCUCCCGUUUCUAAAACAUGGAAAUUAAGAAUUGAAAUUGCUACCAGAAGACAUGAACUAGGCAGUACCCUCAGGCCUCAACAAUCAGGGUACAGCAUUUGCAAUAAAAUCAAAAUUAAUCUCAGUACAUCGGGAGAUGGCAAACACAAUAGAAUCGAUGCUGCUAUUGAGGAUGAACAAAUUCUCCUUACUGCUGUCUCCAGGGGCGUAGCCAGAAAAAAAUUUAACCCGGGGCUGCAUACUAUUGUACCUAUUAUUGGAACCGAGAACACACAGUCAUGGGCCGGGCCGGUCCGCCGGUUCAGCCCGAACAGCACAAACCAGCCCGUGAUCUUGGCUAGUAAAUAUUUUAUAGUUCAUACAUUUCGAAACCGACUGUUUCGGUUUCAAAAUGGAAUUGAAAUCGAAGCCUUAGAAGUUGCUGCAGCCCUUGGGAGGGGAGGCGAGCUGCGGGAAGGUGUUGGCGGCGAAUACGGGCAGAGGUGGAAGGUGGCCGACGAAAUUGAUGCGGCGAGUGCUGGACCCGAGAAUAAACCGGCGGGCCUUCACGGAGGAGGAGGAGAGCCUGAUGGUGGCGCACCGGCUUACGGCAACAAAUGGGCCUUGAUAGCCUGUCUUUUUCCGGGCCGUACGGACAAUGCAGUCAAGAACCACUGGCACGUAGUCAUGGCCCGAAAGUACCGGGAGCUGUCGACCGCCGGCCGCCGCCGGAAAAUGGGGCAGUUUGUUUUCAGCGCGGCGGAGGACGGAGAGGCUCCGGCGGUUCAGUUGGGCGGCGGUGGUAAACAAAACACAAAACAAAAGGGGGAAAUAUGA